GACGUUUGUCUGAAACCCGUGUGCUUUGAAUCAGAUUUAGAAACUGAUGACCUACCAAUGGACAUUGAUCGUAUUUUAACAACCUCAGAUGCCUAUGUCUGCCUUACACCUGAGUGUGUCAAAGAAGCUGCCAAGAUCUUGUCCAAUAUGGAUGACACUGUUGACCCAUGCGAUGACUUCUACCAAUUUGCCUGUGGUGGUUGGAGGGAUAGACACAGUAUUCCUGAGGAUAAGUCGUACAUUUCGGUCUUUGCGGAAACUCAGCUGGACUUGAACCUUAAACUCAAAGGUCUAUUAGAAAAAGAGUUGACUGAUAAUGAACCCGAUUUCAUUCAGAAGGUAAAAGCUAUAUAUGACUCCUGUAUGGAUAUAGAAAGCAUUGAGAAAUUGGGCAGCCAGCCACUGAAAAGGCUUCUGAAAGAUCUUGGGGGUUGGCCGGUGGUGGAAGGAGAUAAUUGGAAUGAGAGUUCUUUUGAUUGGAUUCAAGCGCUUAUUCAGAUCCGCAGAAAUGGCUACAAUCAAGAUAUUUUGAUGGAUUUGUCUGUUUCGGAGAACGUAAAAAAUAACACGGUUCACACCAUAACGUUGGGCCGUGCAGAAUUCGGGAUAGAGCGUGAAUAUUUGGUGAAAGGAUUAGAUGAUCCCGCCACAGCCGCUUUCCUCGAAAUGAUGGUGAAAGCAGCAAAUAAAUUAGGUGCAAAUAAAAGUAUCUCAGAAAAUGAACUUAAAGAAGCAUUCGAUUUCGAAGUCAUGCUUGCCAGCUUCACUUAUCCAUUGGAAAAAAGCAAGAAUACGAGUAUUGCGGAUAACAGUACUUUUUCAUUGCCAUCGAAUGAAACAUUUGAUACAAAUAAUGGGAACAGUAGCACCGUUCUAUAUACCAUUCCGGAUCUUAUGGAUGAGAUGCCAGAGAAAUGUUUCCACAAUGACAUACAAAGCUCUACAUUACCUUAUUCUAUGGUUGGUUCAAGUUAGAAAGAAAACAAAUCAAGAUAAGCAAAAAUUCGGAAAAGAAGGGAAAUGCUUGAAACAAAAAGACAGAGUAAUGAUAGAAAGACGACAGAAAACCCUUAGACAUGCAGCCGAAACCAUAUGCAGAUGUUGUCCAAAGACUUGCAUACAAUAUUUUGUACUUUGAAUUAAAAGAACUUAAUAAACAUUACGAUUGCGGA